CAUUCAGCUGCUCUUCUGUUGGUCUCACUACAUGCAUCAUAUCCUUGUAUUUCUGAAGUUCUUGUACCUGUGUACUCCUACAGUUGUAUCAAAAUAACUGUCAGAAUCUAAAAGAAAGAAGGACGUUCUUCAAAUAUGGAAGAGGAUACCAAACCUCUUUUGAUUCCUGUGGGAGGUGAUGAAAGCAAUUAUGGAAUCAUGAAUAUACAAUUUAAUCCAGAAGAUCUUAAAUGCAAAAGACCGUUCCAUGUAGAGCCUACAAACAUAGUUAGCGUGAAUGGUGACAUGCAAAGAGUCACUGAUGAAGCCUCUGCAAUGAAUAAACGAAUUCAUUACUACAGCAGGCUCACCUCUCCUGCAGACAGGGCAUUGAUUGCUCCUGAUCAUGUACUUCCAGCUCCUGAUGAAAUCUAUGUGUACAGUCCAUUAGGAACUGCUUUUAAAAUUGACAAUUGCACAGAUGGCUAUGGUAAAAACUCCAGUAUAGUGACAAUAUUUAUGAUAUGGAAUACAAUGAUGGGUACAUCUAUAUUAAGUAUUCCAUGGGGAAUAAAACAGGCAGGCUUUACUUCUGGAAUCAUUCUCAUCUUACUGAUGGGCAUUUUGACACUUUAUUGCUGUUACAGAGUUGUGAAAUCACGGAAAAUGAUACCUUUAAUAGAUACCUCAGACUGGGAAUUCCCAGAUGUUUGCAAGUAUUAUUUUGGAUCCUUUGGUCAGUGGUCAAGCCUCUUGUUUUCUAUGGUGUCACUUGUUGGAGCCAUGGUAGUUUACUGGGUGCUUAUGUCUAACUUUCUGUUCAACACAGGAAAGUUUAUAUACAACUUUGUUCAUGAUAUUAAUGUAACAGAAAUUGUUCCUGGCACUAAUGAAAGUAGCAAAGUCAUUUGUCCGAGUGCCGCUAGAGAUAACCCACCACAGAACAGGAGUGUGACAUUCUCUUCUGGCAACAAUACAGGUUUUGAGCUCUUUGAGGAGUGGUGGGACAAGUCACGAACAGUACCAUUUUACCUGAUUGCUGUUCUUCUACCCCUGCUAAAUCUGAAGUCUCCGUCUUUCUUUGCAAAAUUUAAUGUCCUAGGCACAGUUUCAGUUGUCUACUUGGUUUUUCUUGUGACUGUGAAGGCUGCUCAUCUCGGAAUCCACGUAGAAUACAACUGGUUCACAGAGAAUGAUUUUUUUGUACCAGAGUUUAGAAUUCUGUUUCCUCAGCUCACAGGCGUUCUGACACUUGCUUUCUUCAUCCACAAUUGUGUCAUCACUCUUCUUCGAAAUAACAGGAAUCAAGAAAACAAUGUGAGAGACCUCUCUGUUGCUUAUUUCCUGGUGGGAUUAACAUAUCUAUAUGUUGGAGUGAUAAUUUUUGCAUCUUUUCCUUCCCCACCAUUAUCCAAAGAAUGUAUAGAACAGAAUUUUCUAGAUCCACUGUUGGGCUAUCUGGCACGAGUUCAGCUAUUAGGACAAGUUUUUGGAAAUGUUUACCCAAGUGUUUUCCAUGUGCUGGUCCUGAACAUAGCAAUUGUAGGAGCUGGAGUAGCAAUGGCAAGGUUUUAUCCAAAUAUAGGAGGUAUCAUAAGAUACUCUGGAGCAACAUGUGGUCUGGCCUUUGUAUUUGUGUAUCCAUCCCUCAUCUACGUGAUCUCCCUGCAUCGUGCUGGGCAGCUGACGUGGCCAGCAUUGAUCAUUCACAUCUUUAUAAUCCUCCUUGGACUGGCUAAUCUGAUUGCACAAUUCCUAUUGUGAAAACUCCCCUUCUCUCUCUGGCUGUCACAAGUGGUACUGUGACAUUUGGCAACAGCCUUGAGCAACUCUAUCACACAUGAGAACUGAACAGUCCUCAACAUGAACUGCCUGAGAAAAGCUGCACCUUUGGAACGAAUUCAGAGCACAUCUUUUAGGCAUUUGAAAGGAAAUGUGGUUUGCUCCUCUAUAAACAUGAUUUUGUGAGAAGUGAAAUAUUUCAAAUUUGAGUGGGGUAGUUCCACUAUUUUGGUUGAGCAUGCAUCAAGGAUUAAUUAAGACCAAAUAUUUUAAUUUCCUACUGCCCAUGUCUCAGAACACUCAGCUUUCAGCCUUAGGCUGUAGAACUCCUCUGUCUUCUAAAAGAAGUGUUCUUACCUUUAAUAACAAACAUGCUGUCACAGUAUUAUUCAGCGACUGUUUGAAACGCUCUUUUUUGCAGUUCUUUUCCGUUUUUGUUGGAAAAUGAAAAAAUGGUUGUAUAUGUAUUUUUUAGGUUAAUUCCUAGUCAUUUGAGUCAAAAUGCACUCUUAAUUUUGAAUAUGCUAUUAAAUUUUUGGCAAUAUUUUUCCUCUAGGAUAAAUUCCAACUAAGAGAAACAAUAAACUGAUGUCUCAGUGUUUUAUUCAGAACUAAUAUGUACAGAAGUUAUUUGUGAGCUUACAACGAAAAAAAUCAGGAGGGUAAAAAAAAAUUUAAACCAGACAGUAGCUCAAUUAAAAUUAGAAUUCCAGACUUGACCUCACUUCAGCUCUGUUGACUGGGCUAUUAUGCGCUGUGAGGUUGUCUUGUCAGGAGUUGAGUGUGCUUUCGUGGGUGUAUGCUGGAUGCAAUGUUCAUCGUAGGCUUUCUUCCUCCUCCUCCUUAAUCUAGUGAUCAGUGAUCUCUCACUGCACUCUUCAACUACGUUAGUCCAAACAUUUUGGACCUGAAGAGAAAAGUAGCACAGGCAAAGCUACAACACUUGAAAAAUUGUGGACUAAAUGGAAUAAGUUUUAGAUAAUUCUUAACAGAAGUUGAAGGAAUCUGGAAAAGGCUUUGUUGUUUGUUUGUUUUUUAACUUGUUUACUAACUAAGAGUGUGUACAUGUGUGUGUGCCCACAGACACUUUCCUUUGCCUGCCACCUGGGGUCUGAGUCUUAUUCCAAAACGAUCAUUAAGUUGCCAGGUACUCACAGAAUCUCAUCUUUUAAGGUGAGAGGGAGAGCAAAAACUUCAGUACAGAGUUUCAGUCUAUUAAAAACAAAAUCAGCAAACGUAGAAUGAUUGCAAGAGGACUCUAAGCAACACCAAACUCCAACAUGAGUAAAAGAAGAAAAAAAGUUGGAGUGAUGCAAUGUUUGCGAAUUGGGAAUUGAGUUGGGAAGGCAAAUGAAAUGUCAGGAUAAGAAUUUUUAUUUCUAUCUGAAAGACAGUGCAAACCAUAACGUAGAUAAUUUACUCUGUUUCUGUGGGAAAUUAUUUGAUUUUUUUGUAGUAAUUUUGCGGACGUGUUUGAGUUAGGCUCCUCAAACUGUGUGGAGGAUGCUGGCUUUCUUAAACGUCCUUUGAUUUGUAUGAAAUACAAGAGCAAACGGAUCUGAAGUAAUAUCUGCAGAAUAGGAUAAUUAUUUCGGAUUCCCUUUUUGUCCUGUGGAACUUUUUUUUUAGAUCAGAACUGGAAAUAUACCCACCAUCUAUUAGAGAGACAUUUUUGCCCCCAUCCUUGUUAUUUUCCCUGUGUACUCUUAUGUUCCACUGCUUGGUUUCCUUAUUCUCUAAGGCAUAUCUGUCCACCCUUUUCACUCUCUCAGAAUGAGUCUAUCCUGCAGUGCCCAACCAUUAGCACUGGCAUACACGUCUGCUCUUUAGGGACUGAGUCUGACCUUUCCCAGAAAAUUUGAGUUAACCUUCUUAUUUGAAUGUCUAGGUAGUCAUCACUACACACAACGUGAUGGUGGCAUUCCCUCAACGUUCUCAAUAGCAUAUUUC